AUGGCAUCUAAUAAUACUACCUCGACCCGCCAUCCUCGAGUCAACGCUGCGCCAACGCCCCAGCCUACAGGUCCUUCGUCUGUCUCGACUACCGUGCAUAUAACCAGCGUGACAGAUUUUGCACUUUUACUCCCCUCAAGAGAUGGAGAGUAUAUCUCAGACGCCGAGAGCGACGCAACAGCGUAUUGUACCAACGGAUCAGGCUGCCAGAACACAUUUCCCGCAGGCUUCGUGACUGGUGCUACCAUCUCGGAGGCAAGCGAUGGGUCCUAUAUACAGAUCACCGGCUGCUUGGAUCCCGGCAAGUUCCAGUUUGCACAAGAUGACGCGGGAGGCCAGAUGGAUGUCCGAUUUCCCAACGGCGCGAAGUGUACUUUUGGCGGAUACGGCGCAAGCUUCAUUGAGCAGGUCGAGCCUUCUGCUAAUCGUUUCUGCCUUCGCUGUUGUGCAUCCGCAAAUGACCAGGUCAAUUGCAAUUCACAUAACGACAAAGCUGGUUGUCCUGUUGCUGUUCCUGGCACAUAUGACUUUGAUGGUGUAAGCUGCUCCUAA